CCUCGAGAAACUUAAGUUCCCAUUUGAAACAAAUACACAAAUAAAAAUGAAAUCUUUGUGAAAAAAGUCCAUUCGUCUAUCGAUUACACCAUGUUUGCUAUUCGUCUCUUGCAGAAAGCAAAGACUCAUCAUCAUAACAAUAAUCAGCAAAAUGUACAAGGAAGUGUGGCACCAGCAGAUUUGGAUCCUCACAUUGCUCAUCAUUAUGGUAUCCCGUCAACUGCCUCGAUUCUUGCUUUCGACCCCAUUCAACGUCUAAUGGCAAUUGGGACACUGGAUGGCAGAAUAAAAGUGGUCGGCGGUGACAAUGUGGAAGGCCUUCUCAUAUCUCCAAAGCAGUUGCCCUACAAAAAUUUGGAGUUCCUACACAACCAGGGUUUUCUAGUGAGCGUCUCAAACGAAAAUGAUAUUCAGGUUUGGGAUCUGGAACACAGGCAGAUAGCUAGCUCUUUAAAGUGGGAAUGCAACAUAACUGCUUUCUCUGUGAUACCAGGCACCCAUUUCAUGUACAUUGGAGAUGAAUAUGGAAUGGUGUCUGUCUUGAAGUACGAUGCUGAAGAAGUAGCAAUUUUGCAGUUGCCAUAUCAUAUUCCAGCAAAUUCUUUAGCUGAUGCAGCUGGGGUUUCAUUACCCGAUCAUAUAUCUGUUGUUGGAGUUCUCCCUCAACCCUGCACUUCUGGGAAUAGACUGAUGAUAGCAUAUGAGAAUGGGUUGAUCGUCCUCUGGGAUAUUUCUGAAAGUCGGGUUGUCCUUUUUAGAGGCCACAAGGAUCUCCAAUUGAAGGAUGAUCAGGUGGUUGAGGAAAAUACAUCUGAGUUAGAGCAAGAGGAGAAAGAAAUAAGCUCUCUAUGUUGGGCAUCUCUUGAUGGAUCCAUUCUUGCUGUUGGAUAUGUGGAUGGUGAUAUUUUUCUAUGGAACAUGUUAAGUGCGUCCUCUAUCAAAGGUCCACAAGCUGGGGGAUCAUUUAUUGAUGCUGUUAAGCUACAAUUAUCUUCUGGGAAAAGAAAGAUUCCGGUCAUUGUCUUACAUUGGUCCGCAAAUAGUAGAUCGAACAAUGAGCGUGGAGGGAAAUUAUUUAUCUAUGGAGGUGAUGACAUAGGAUCUGAAGAAGUCCUUACUGCCUUGAGUCUUGAAUGUUCCUCCGGUAAAGAAGCUGUACGAUGCGUCAACCGCGUGGAUCUCUCUCUUAAUGGAUCCUUUGCGGAUAUGAUUUUAGUUCAAAAUGCCGGGGCAACAGAGAAUAAUACAACUGGCGUGUCCCUCUUUUUACUGACUAACCCUGGUCAAUUGCACGUAUAUGAUGAUGCUAUGCUGGCCUCACUUUUAUCUCAGCAAGAAAAAAGUCCUUCUGUCCGCCCAAUACCUUUUCCUGUGGUGGUACCUAUGGCUGAACCACACAUGACAGUGGCUAAGCUAUGUUCAGUACCCAUGGAAGGACAUUCAUCAAAGGCUCUCCUAGAGGCAUCCUUAAAUCUAAAAGCUACACUAUCUGCGGGUACAAAGUGGCCUUUGACCGGUGGAAUUUCCAAAAAAUUGCCCUUCUCUGAAGAUGAUGGCGUGGAGAAAGUAUACAUUGCAGGCUAUAAAGACGGAUCUAUUCAAUUAUGGAAUGCAGCAUAUUCAGCCCUCUCACCUAUUGCUGCCUUAGAAGGCGAGGUACAAAAGAUUGAAGUGUCUGGAGCCAGUGCCCCUGUAUCAGCAUUGGAUUUUUGCUUCCUCAGUACAAGUUUGGCCGUUGGCAGUGAAAGCGGUCUGGUUCGUAUAUAUAGACUUGGUAAUUCUGAAGAGACAAGUUUUCAUUUCGUGUCAGAAAAUAAUCAAGAAGUUCACAGUUUGCAUCAAGCGAAAGGACUUCAAUAUAUAGCUGCCUUUUGCAUCCUAAAUUCUCCAAUUCGGACCCUACAGUAUGCAGAUUCUGGAACCAAACUUUCCGUAGGGUUUGAAUGUGGUCUGGUUGCAAUGUUUGAUAUGAGUUCAUUAUCAGUUUUAUAUCUUAAAGAGUGUGUAUCAGGCUCAAGCUCCCCAGUUAUUUCAACAGAUGUUCUGGCAUGUACAGACAUCUGUAGCUUGUUACACAGUUCGAAGCAAAAGGUUCCUAAAAGCCCAAAGGGCGCUGCUGAUGUAGAACAGAUAGAAAAUAAGGACCCUCUUGAUGGACAAGUUUUUAUUUUGACAAGAGAUUCACACGUAUUAGUUCUUGACAGUGUUACUGGUAACACAAUUAGCUCUUGGGGGUCACAACAAAAGAAGGGUUCAACUGCAAUUUCCAUGUAUAUAAUAGAUAACAGCUCUUUGGCUUCAGAAGCAUCCACCACGGAGCACUCAGAGCCGCUAUCCAAGGAUAGUGCUACUCAAAGUGAGCAGCUGUCCGAGGAUAGUAAUACCCUUGUUGGAGUUAACCCACAAACUGAGAUUCGGAGCUCUAGGGAAAGCAGAAGUUCUGGGAAGAGGUCAUUGGAUUCACUUGUAGUACUUUGUUGUGAGGAUGCAUUGCAUGUAUACUCUUUAAAAUCCGUGAUACAGGGGGAUAAUAACUCCAUCCGCAAAGUGAGUCUUUCGAAACCCUGUUGUUGGACAACAACUUUCAAAACGACAAAUGAGAAAGCUUCUGGGAUAAUUUUACUCUAUCAGACUGGAAUGAUUGAAAUAAGGUCCUUUCCGGAUUUAAAAGUCGUGGGAGAAAGCUCAUUAAUGUCAAUUCUUAGGUGGAGCUUCAAAACUAACAUGGAAAAAACCGUAUGUUCUUCUGAUAGGGGACAGAUAGCAGUGGCAAAUGGGUCGGAGUUGGCUUUCAUCUCCUUCUUGGCCUCUGAAAGUGACUCCAGGACUUCGGAUUCUUUACCUUGUCUUCACGACAAAGUUCUCGCUGCUGCUGCUGAUGCCGCUAUCAGGUUCUCCUCAAGUCAGAAGAAAAAACAGGGUAGCCCCGGAAUUCUUGGUAUCAUUAAGGGUUUUAAAGGGGAGAAGGGACAAGCAAUGGAUUCUGCUACCAACCCAUCAUCUGAUUUUCGUCUACAUUUAGAAAGCAUAUUUUCAAGCGUCCCAUUUUCAUAUGCAGCUCUAGAUAUUCCAGAUUUUGAAGAUAUAGAGGAGCUUAAUAUAGAUGAUAUAGAAAUUGACGAGCCAGUACCCGUUGCUUCUACAUCAUCUUAUAAAAGCAAAAACGACAAAGGAGGUAAGGAUAAAGAUAGAGAAAAGUUGUUCGAUGGUGCACCGCCUGAGAAGCCAAAACUAAGGACGCCAGCAGAAAUCAUGAUUAAAUAUAAAUAUGCUGGGGAUGCUUCUGCUGCAGCAGCAGAGGCAAAAGACAAGCUCUUGGAACGCCAGGAAAAACUUGAGAGAAUCCGUAAAAACACUGAAGAACUAAGUAAUGGAGCUGAGAACUUUGCAUCAAUGGCUAACGAACUUGUCAAGACGAUGGAAGGCCGUCGUAAAUGGUGGAAUAUAUAACAAACACGUGGCAUCAUUUGAGGUUGUCUAUCCAUUUGGUGUGAGCUAAGUUGGAGCCAGCAAAUUUCCCUGUGAUUCCCGAGAGCAUCUGGCAGGUUCGUCACAAUAGCUACCAAACUAGUAUUUUCCAGAGAAUGUUGAGCUGGGAUUUUACGUACAUCAAGAUUCAGCAGAAAUUGUAAAUUAAGCCACCGAUCUGCUCAAAAACUGAGAGGUGCUUUCUCAAUCUGGUACUAUUUGAUUCAGUCGAAACCAGAUGAUUUCCCCCACAAAAGAAAUGGGAUCAUAAUUGCAAACUGAGAUUGUACCAAUAGUCAUAUAGAAGUGCGUGCAGGUCUGCCGUUGUAUAUAUGUUUGUUGAGAGUUCCUGUUGUGCAUGUUUUGCUUGAAUUUUUUUUUGUGAUACUGUAUACUGAACACAAUGAUCUUAUAAGGCUGUAAGCUAUUCAGAAUCUCAGAUCUAGUUUGCAAACUUGAAAUGUAUAACCAGAGCAGUUCUCUGGACCCUCGGUUAAAUUCUUUCCUUUUUCCUCAGGAUUUGUAAAUUGUGCAGGUUUGCAUUCAA